AUGUUCAUCUUAGCUUGGUCAAUAUUCCACUAUCAUGUUCGUAAUAACCUUACUAAUAAAUCCUACGCCAAUACCGGUGUCGAAGGAGUGUCCGGGGAGGUUCACUGGAGAGAGGCGAAUCUGCAAAGCUCUGUUCCCUUCACCGUGUACCUAGAAACUCCAGAAUGGCUACCCGUAUACCCAGCGAUAUCGCUCCGCCACUAG